AUGUCAAAAGCUUCCCUCUUCGAUAUGCCUUCUGUGAUUACCCAGAGCCAUUCUAUGCUAAGCAAGUAUGUGAAUUCUAUUAUUCCUCCUCUGUUGAUACCAGUGCUCAAACCAUUACCAGAACCAUUGGUGAUGAUUAAUCUAGGGGGAAAGAAGUCAUCAUAUGUUCCUUAUCCUCGUUGGCUUGGUCUAAUCUUGGAUCAUAAUGAAGAGGUUUACAGUAUCAGUCACGGAACCAUCAUUCCUAUUCAUGGCCUCUCCUCAAAGAUCAUCAAUGCUGCUCCUUCUGAUGGAGAUAAGCAUAUUACCCAGAAAAUGGCAAAUUAG